UACUUGUUUUGAUAAUUUUUCAAUUUUAUCCGGUUUGAGAUUGUUUAGGUUUAUCUAAUAUCCGGAGGGAUAUUUUUAUAAUGAGAAAGGCUUCGCGCCAUACAUCAUGGUUUUCUGUUAACCGACUAAACAGGGCUUGGAUGUUUAUAAACUUUUCUCACCCUCUCCGAGGAGGCAAUAAAACAACUCAAGUCUGAAGCUUGUUACUGCACAGUGAGAAAAGUUUGGUACUACACAUUCAUACGCCAUGGAUAUCGGUACAUGCAGUCUACCAGAUCGACAUCUACGAUCAGUGAGGACGCUUACUCAACAAGCCCUAAUGCUGUUCGAGGACAAAGUAGAGAAAUAUAAUGACAGACUCCGAGAUGUAAGAAGAGACAUUGAAACGGUGAUUCUAGAAUUUGAAGAUGUCCGUCCAACGGAGGAAAAUGUUCUACGAGCUAUGAAGUCUGACCUUACCCACUUUGCUAAUCAGUACAACAGUCUGUCCAAUGAAUAUGUGUCAUACUUAAAAGGAACAAGAACAGCAGCUAGCUUAAGGGAAGAGGCCUCACACAGGCUAGUUGCAUCAUCAGUUCGUGGUAAAGUUGACUACAUGAUAACUGAGAUUGAAAGUAGACUUACGGAUAAUGUGCCAUCCUACACACAAUUUGCAGAAAGUAACGGUCAAACUGAAGGAUUACCACUCCGUGUUAAAGAAGAAGUGGUGAGGAACUUGAGUUAUUCUUCUCUCAACAAAGAAUCAUCUGUAGGAAAGCGUAGGCAUAGCGUCACAUCUCAAGUCCCCUCAACAACUGGCUCAAACCUCAGCACUAUCAUCCAACGCCAAGCAGCUAAAGUGGGCCUGCAAACCGCAAAAUUGGACCUGAAGUUUGCAGAAGAGGAAGCGGAGCUCCUAAGGAAGCAAGCAGCCAUCGAAGCAGAGCGAAAGAUUCUGGAAAGUCGCAAAGCAGUUGCUGUAGCCCAGACUACAUUUGAAGCAUUAGAAACACUCGCUAAUGACACAGAAAAAGGAGAAAUCCUCGAAGAGUGUGCAGAGAAGGAGCAGUGUCAACAAGACACCUUAGAACGGACAAAACAGUACGUACGUAACUUGAAAGAAAAUCGGGAAGACCAGGUUAGUGUUUCGUCCAUAAGAAGCUUCAAGAACUUUUGUAACCCAAAACAUUCCACACCGUGUGAGAAGAAUCAGGAUCUUACAUCCAAUCUGAACCCAUCAGCCAAGCCAUUCUCCCCAUAUGGGUUCGAUCACCUCACGAAAUAUAUUGCCAAAAAGGACCUGAUAUCUUCACGUUUUUCUACUUAUGAUGAUAAUCCAACCCACUACUCAUCAUGGAAAGCGACAUUCCAAAACAUAGUCACAGAAGUACAGGCAUCACCUCUAGAGCAUCUUGAUUUGCUCGUCAGAUGGCUGGGACCAGAUUCCACCAAGCAAGUACAAAGCAUCCGCUCAGCGAACGUACAGGACCCAGAAAAGGCAUUAAAACUUGCAUGGGAACGCCUUGACACACGUUUUGGAAGUCCAGAAAUAAUUCAACACACACUUCAACAAAGGAUCUUAGAUUUUCCAAAACUUCAAAAUCACCAGAGGAAAGAAUUCUUUGAUCUAGCAGAUCUUGCAACUGAAAUUGAAGGAAUCAAGAGUGAUGAUCAGAACGCAAUCACACUAGCCUAUUUUGACUCUUCCUACGGUGUAAACAAACUUGUGUCUAAACUGCCAUUCAAUCUACAAGAAAAAUGGACUCAUAAAGCAAGUGACUAUAAAUUGCACCAUAACGGACAGUUUCCACCAUUUACUUACUUCACUUCUUUCCUUCAAAAUCUUGCAAAAAUGAAAAAUGACCCAGGAUUUGUAUACGAGUCAGAUAAUCAGAAGCAAACACAGAGAAGUGGUGGACGAAGUGUAUACCAAAGAAACCCCCCUCCAAGAAAUGUGUCAACUAGAAAGACAGAAGUAGCUGUGUGUCAGUCAGAUGUGACAAUCUGUCCAUUGCAUGGAAAAAACCACUCCCUAAAUGAAUGCAGAGCCUUUCGACAGAAACCUCUAGAAGAAAGGAUGAAGUUCAUUCGCAUGAAACAGAUUUGUUUUAAGUGUUGUGCAGACCAGCGUCACCUUGCCAAAAACUGCAAAUCCAAGGUACAAUGCAGCAUCUGUAAUGCUUAUUCACAUCCCACAGCAUUACACCCCAACUUGAUCCAGGAUGAAGGGGAGUCGAGCGCUUCCAAGGUAUCAACAUCCUGUACACAGAUAUGUGGAACUACCCGUUCCACCAACAGAUCAUGCGCCAAGAUACUGAAGGUUCGUGUACACCCUAAAAACAAACCGGAGGAAGUUCGGAUUGUUUAUGCCAUAGUGGAUGAUCAGAGUAAUCAAACUCUGGCAACUUCUACACUCUUUGACUUUUUCCAUGAAAGAGGCCCAGAACAUAACUACAUUUUAGUGUCAUGUGCCGGGAAGAAACCUGUAUUUGGUCGACAAGGUGUAGGAUAUAUUGUGCAAUCUAUGGACAAGACUUGCUCAUUUGAACUUCCUACCCUUCUGGAAUGUGAUGAAAUUCCAAACAACAGGGAUGAAAUUCCGACCCCCCAGAUAGCACGUCAAUUCACUCACCUGCAAGAUAUUGCGUCUUGUAUACCACGGAUAGACAACAAAGUGCAGAUAGAACUGUUGAUCGGCAGAGAUCUUUUGGAGGUCCACCACGUGAUGGAACAGAAAAUAGGAAAAGUUUCCUUACCAUUUGCACAGAAGCUUCCACUAGGAUGGGUUAUACUUGGCAGAGUAUGCUUAAAUAACACUCAUGUCUCAGAAGUCGUUAACACAAACAAGACCUUUGUACUCUCAAACGGAAGGCCUACCCUUUUUGAGCCUUGUGAAAAUCAGCUAUUUGUAGUCAGCAGUGUUUUCCAGAAAACAGAACACGAUGAAAAACUUGGACCAUCCAUAGACGAUAAAAAGUUCAUUGAAAUUAUGAAUUCUUCCUUCAAGAAAGAUGCAGAUGGGCGAUGGACUGCACCCCUGCCCUUUAAGGAGAAUAGACCCACUCUACCCAAUAACAAAACUCAAGCCCUUAAACGAGCUCUGAUGUUAGACAACAGCUUUCGACGUAACCCAACGAAGCAUCGUCAUGCUCAAGAUUUCAUGCAGAAAAUCUUUGACCACGGGCAUGCCGAGAUAGCACCACCGAUUUCAAUGAAUUCUGAAUGCUGGUACCUACCAUUGUUUGGGGUAUACCACCCUAAAAAGCCUGACUCCAUACGUAUGGUCUUCGAUUCUUCGGCCAGGCAUGAGGGAUUAGCAUUGAAUGAUGUUCUGUUCAAGGGGCCAGACCUAACCAACAAUCUCUUAGGAGUUCUUCUGCGGUUCCGCAAGGAUGAGAUAGCCAUCACUGGAGACAUAGAGCAGAUGUUCUAUAAUUUCAAGGUUACAGAGAAAGACAGAGACUUUUUGAGAUUCCUUUGGCACCCUGAUGGUGAUCUUGAUACACCACUCAAGGAAUACAGAAUGACUGUACACGUAUUUGGAAAUACACCUUCUCCCUCGAUUGCGACGUACGGACUACACAAGGCUGUUCAACAUGCAGACACAGAUGUACAAGAUUUUGUCAACAGGAACUUUUAUGUUGACGACGGUCUGACGAGCUGUACCAGUGAAGAGGAGGCCGUCAGUCUGAUGAGAAGAACACAACAGGCGCUUAGCAUAGGAGGACGACUUCGACUGCAUAAGAUUGCUUCCAACUCAAAAGCCGUUUUGCAGCAGUUUGUUAAUGAUGAUCUCUCCAAAGACCUGAAACACCUUGAUUUCGGAUGUGACACACUACCAGUCCAGAGAAGUCUAGGAGUUUCCUGGGACACUGAAACCGAUUCUAUCAUAUUCCAAGUCUCAAAGGACCUGAAACCCUUUACCCGCAGAGGGGUACUGUCGACAAUCAACAGUCUGUUUGACCCGAUAGGAUUCACGGCUCCUGUCACAUUGCAAGGAAAGCUUUUUCUUCGGGAGGUAAUGUCAACAGUAAAACAAGUAGGUUGGGAUGAACCACUUCAAGAAAACUUCCUCAUCCGUUGGGAAAACUGGGUAAACUCGCUUCAGUGUUUAGAGGACAUCAGAAUUCCCCGCAUGUAUGGCAAGACCUCAGUGACUUCAGCAGACGAUGUCAGUGUCCAUAUCUUCUGCGAUGCUUCAAAAGAAGCCAUUGCAGCCGUAGCCUAUCUUAGAGUCAGUACAGGCAAUGUUACAGAUGUAGGAUUUUUAGUGGGAAAGGCAAAGGUGGCUCCGACACACGGUCACACCAUUCCCCGUUUGGAGUUAUGCGCGGGAGUCCUUGCUACUGAAUUAGCAGAAACUGUAAAAGAAGAAUUGGACAUUGCAAAGAGUGCAUUCCGCUUUUAUUCAGACAGCAGAGUAGUUCUAGGCUACAUCUCAGCUGAGGCGAGACGAUUUCAUGUCUAUGUGUGCAAUCGUGUGAGUCGCAUAAGAUCCUUUUGUGGACCUGAGCAGUGGGGCUACAUAUCUACUGAAUCCAACCCAGCUGAUAUCGCCACCAGAAGUUUUAAGACUUCCAGUCUUCCGCAUAGUGUAUGGCUACAAGGACCAGAAUUUCUUGUCAAUGAAUAUGUUCAUGUGAACGAGUAUUUCCCUGUAGUCGAGGCGGAUGACGAUGUAGAGAUCAGGAAAGAAGUUGUGAACCUGAAGACUGAGACAUCAGAUCCUCCAGAAAAAGUAUUAUCCUUGACUGCCAGAUUUACGAAAUUCUCAUCUUGGAAUAGUCUCAAGAGAGCUAUCACAAACUUAAGGAAGAUUGCUGUGCGCUUCCAAAGAGAAAAACAAAAUCAUCACUUACCUGUAGAGCAGUUCAUCAUAAAGGAAGUACAACAUGAAGUGUAUCAAGAAGAGGUGCAAUCAAUCAUGAAGGGGAGUAAACCACCUAAAAACAGCUCACUUCUUCCCCUUAACCCUGUCUUAGAUCCAAAUGGAAUCCUUCGAGUUGGAGGACGGCUGCAGCACAUCUCCACUAAUCGACCAUAUGAAGAUGAUCAUCAUCCAAUCAUCAUACCCAAAGGCCAUCAUAUUGCACUUCUCCUAGUACGUCAUUUUCACAGUAACAUACAACAUCAAGGACGUCACUUAACAGAAUGUGCUAUACGAGCAGCUGGCUUUUGGCUUGUGGGUGGAAAGCGACUAAUCAUUUCUGUGCUUAGAAGUUGCGUCACAUGCAAGAAACUUAGAGGCAGCUUUGGCUGGACAAAAAUGGCAGACUUACCUAGAGACCGUUUAGAGACCGGGCCACCAUUCACAUUUGUUGGCAUCGACACCUUUGGACCCUGGCCUAUUGUUUACAGGAAGACCAGAGGCAUGCAAAGAAACCAUAACCGCUGGGCCAUUCUAUUCACAUGCAUGGUGUCCAGAGCUGUCCACGUCGAACUCAUUGAGGAGUUAAGCAGUCCUUCCUUCAUCAAUGCUCUUCGCAGAUUUAUGGCCAUUCGUGGACCUGUUAAACAAUUCAGGUCGGACAGAGGCACCAAUUUUGUUGGUGGUGUGAAAGAGCUAGAGUUGGAUGCCCAAUUUAUUGAGAAGGGCCCUGUAGCCAAUUACUUGAAGAAUAACAGAAUUUCUUGGAUCUUCAACCCACCCCAUGCCUCGCACUUCGGAGGAGUUUGGGAACGUAUGAUUGGUUGUUGUAGACGGAUCCUGGAUGCCUUGUUACUACAAAACAAACAUGAUCUAACACAUGAAGUCCUCUCAACGUUUAUGCUUGAAGUUUGUGCCAUUCUAAAUGCACGACCUUUAGUGCCAGUAUCAACGGACCCAGAUAAACCAGAGGUAUUAUCACCUUGUCAGCUGCUUACUCAAAAGAAUCCUUUGGAUGAUUUUGACCUACCGAGCUGCGACCAGAAAGAUGCUAUCAAAAACCAGUGGAAGAGAGUACAGUAUCUUGCCGACAACUUUUGGACCCGCUGGCGCUCGGAGUAUCUUCACCUUCUUCAGACCCGACCAAAAUGGGAAUCGCCAGGAAUCCACUUCAAUAAAGGUGACAUUGUGCUUCUGAAAGACAGUGAAUCCCCCAGAAACCAUUGGCCGAUGGGAGUAAUCGAAGAGGCCUUCAAAAGCGAAGAUGAACUCGUUCGCAAGGUCAAAGUGCGGGUAAUGCGAGGGGAUACGUCCACUUCCUAUGUUCGUCCGAUCACCCAACUUGUGAAGCUCCUGGAGGUUAAGUGAGUGUGCCACCGAAAUAUGACAACGUUUGUAUUCGUGUGUGGGAUCGGAUUUAUUGUAUUAUGUACUUUUACAUGAUAUCGGUACCAGUUUAGUAUCAGAAUAUUUUGUCAAAUUUGAUUAUAUUUUCACAUAUUGAUAUAGUUUGCUUAAAUGUUGAUUUCUAGUCAAAAUCAGAAGGGGAGUGUGUUGUUACUUGUUUUGAUAAUUUUUCAAUUUUAUCCGGUUUGAGAUUGUUUAGGUUUAUCUAAUAUCCGGAGGGAUAUUUUUAUAAUGAGAAAGGCUUCGCGCCAUACAUCAUGGUUUUCUGUUAACCGACUAAACAGGGCUUGGAUGUUUAUAAACUGUAAGUGUCAUGUCUUUACAUUGCUAAUAGUGUCGAAUAAUUAUGUUACAUUUUAAGUGCAUCAGUUAUUUUUACAUGUCACAUCAUAUUUACAGCAGAAAUAGAGAUUUGUGUAUUGGCAGGACGUUAGCAUUAAGUAAAACAUAGAUUGGACUAUCUCAUUAUUUCUCUUACGUGAUUUUAUUGCAUAUAUUUUAUAAUUUGCUGUCUCGAUAACUUACCAGAACCAUCUAGUAGUAAAUUUGACAUGUUAUGAUUGUUAGAUUUUACAGCUUACAUUAUGUACAUGAGUCACACUCGUUUUUUCUAAAUUUGGCAUAAUGUGAAAUGUGGAUUGUCAUGUUGAUGUCUGUACAUGUACUUAUAAAUGUUGUAACUUUUGUAGUUUCUCACCCUCUCCGAGGAGGCAAUAAAACAACUCAAGUCUGAAGCUUGU